AGAAAGACUGGGGAUUUCUCUCGCGCGCACUAAUCUCUGCUCCGCCUGCCAGGGCGGGGGUGGUUAGCAAGAUGCUCUCUUGCUGCUCCCACUGCGGGAGGGAGUGGAGAAAAACGGGCGAGCAGGUUAGGAGCCCAGCCUAGGGUGCGGUGAGCCGGGCCAGUUCCUAAACCGCCCUGCCCCGCUCCACAGAGGGGCCGCGCUCCUCCCCACUCCUAGCUCGUGAGCUCGGCAUCGUGCAGGCAGGAGGGCCAGUGUGCGGGGUGUGAGUCCCCCGUUGCCUGCGGGAUGAGCUGCGGAGAGGGGGCUGCUGCGGCAGGCUGGCUGCUGGCGCUGCUGCUCACUCUGGCGGCGGCCCGGGGCGCUGCGGCGCUGCUGCGGGGCAAUGGCUACGAUGGGCUGCUUGUUGCGAUUAACCCGCAGGUGCCAGAAGACCAGAAGCUCCUCGCAAGCAUCAAGGAAAUGAUAACUGAAGCUUCUUUUUAUCUGUUCAAUGCUACACAAAGAAGAGUCUAUUUCCAGAAUAUAAAGAUUUUAAUACCUGCUACAUGGAAAGCAAACAAUUAUGGGAAACCAAAACAUGAAUCAUAUGAAAAGGCAGAGGUCAUAGUUGCUGCUCCUUAUUGGAAACAUGGAGAUGAGCCAUAUACCCUACAAUAUGGAGAAUGUGGAAGCAUGGGAAAAUAUAUACAUUUCACACCUAACUUCCUAGUAAAUGAUUAUUUGAUUGAUGUCUAUGGAUCACGGGGUAGAGUUUUUGUCCAUGAAUGGGCCCACCUUCGAUGGGGGGUAUUUGAUGAGUAUAAUAAUGAAAAGCCUUUCUAUAUAACGGGACAAAAUCAAGUUAAAGUUACAAGAUGUGCAGCUGACCUUACAGGGAUCUAUGUCUGUGAAAAAAAAUCCUGCACCGAAGGAAAUUGUGUCAUUAAUGAGCUGACGGGACUUUUUAAGGAAGGAUGUGCAUUUAUUCCUGAGAGAACUCAAACUGCAAAGUCAUCAAUAAUGUACAUGCAAAGCUUAUCAUCUGUGAUUGAAUUUUGUAAUGAAAGUAACCAUAAUAGAGAAGCUCCCAAUCUGCAAAACAGAAUGUGCAACUAUCGAAGCACAUGGGAUGUAAUAAUAAGCUCUAUGGACUUUAAUAACACCCUUCUAAGGACCAACAUCAGCCUACCACCUCCUCCUACCUUCUCAUUGCUACAGAAGAGAGACCAAGUGAUCUGUUUAGUUCUUGAUGUUUCCCACAGCAUGAAUGGGGAUGAUCGGAUCAAUCGACUGCGUCAGGCAGCAGAAUUGUAUCUACUGCAAGUUGUUGAAGACAAUUCCUAUGUUGGUAUUGUCACCUUCAAUAACGAAGGAGAAAUCAGAAGUCAGUUGCGUCAAAUAGUCAACAAGGACAUACGGAAAGAGCUUGCUUCUUACCUACCUACUGCUGCACCUAGUGGAGGAACAAACAUUUGUGUGGGUCUGCAGCUGGGAUUUGAGGUGAUUAAAAACCAAGAAGGAAAUAUAUAUGGUUCUGAAAUUAUAUUACUGACAGCUGGAGAAGACAGUGGGAUAAUUGAAUGCUUUUCUAACGUAAUUAACAGUGGAUCGAUCAUUCACACCAUUGUUCUUGGCCCAUCUGCUGCUAAAGAAGUUGAACAAUUAGCCCAUGAGACAGGGGGCUUAACGUUUUUUGCCUCAGAUAGACUGGACUCCAAUGAUCUAAUUGAUGGUUUCAGCGCAAUUUCAUCAGGGAGUGGAGAUACUUUCAGUCAUUCCAUUCAGAUUGAAAGUGCUGGUCAAAGGACUGAGAGCUGUAAGCUGUUUAGUAGGACAGUGACGAUUGAUAGCACAGUAGGAAAGGAUACCUUCUUUGUAGUAACGUGGCAGACCGCUGAACCACCAAAGAUCACUCUCCUUGAUCCCAAUGGAAAAAACUACACCAAUAAGGACUUUGAGGUUAAUACAGUGUUGCAGGUAGCUCGUCUCCAGAUUCCAGGAAUUGCAGAGGUUGGGGAGUGGACCUACGCUCUCAUGAAUACUCACCUGUCCCCUCAAGCUCUAACUAUGACAGUGACUUCCCGAGCAGCAAACUCUACUAUACCUGCAAUAACUGUGAAAGCCCACAUGAGUAGUGAUAGAAACGAAUACCCUAGAUCGAUGGUUGUUUAUGCACGAGUCAGUCAAGGACUUUCACCUAUUCUUGGAGCAAAUGUAACUGCCAUUAUCAAACCAGGGACUGGAGAUCCAAUUAUCUUGGAACUUUUAGACAAUGGUGCAGGGUCAGACAUUGUCAAGAAUGAUGGUGUCUAUUCCAGGUACAUCUAUUCUUUUUCUGAAAAUGGCAGAUACAACUUGAAAGUAUGUGUUCAACGAGCUAGCAAGACUGUCAGACCAUACCCCAUAGUGCCAUGGAGUCAUUCUAUGUAUAUACCCGGUUACAUAGAAAAUGGUAAGAUCCAGAUGAACCCACCAAGACCCUCCGUUAUCAGUAAUGAAGAUAUUCAAACCAGAGUCGGUGGCUUCAGCAGAACAGCCUCAGGAGGCUCCUUCAUAAUGUCUGCAGUUCCUACUAGACCCCAUAAUGAUGUGUUUCCACCAUGUAAAAUUAUUGAUCUUCAUGCCAGAACAGCCAACGAUAUGAUUAUUUUAUCAUGGACAGCAUCAGGGGAUGAUCUUGACCAGGGGCAAGCUGCAAGUUACGAAAUAAGAACAAGUGAAAGUCCUCUGGAACUAAGAGACAACUUUGAUAAAGCUAUUCUGGUGAAUACUUCUGAUCUGACACCUCAGCAUGCUGGAUACAAGGAAAUAUUUGUAUUUAAACCAGAAGCUUUUGCAACAGAAAAUAUCACCAUCAUCUAUGUGGCUGUACGUGCCAUUGAUAAAGCUUCCCUGCACUCUGAUGUAUCCAAUAUAGCACAAGCAGCGAAGUUUGUUCUCCCAAUGGAUUAUCUCACUGAUAAUAUUGAGUACAGUGUUUCAAGGAUAGCGUUGCUUGGAUUUGGGUUAUUAACAGCAGUUUGCCUUAUUACAAGUGCAACCAUAUGUGCUUUAAAGAAAAAGAAGAAAGUGGUUAUCACAGAAACGGCAACAACUCUACUGUGACUUAAGGUGAAAGUUUGGAUGAUGUCUACUUAUUUUUCUAAUAGCUGUUUUGAUUGUUUUUUCACAAGCUACAUAAAAAUAAUUGCUCUAGUACAGAAAAGGGUGUAUAAAAAUAAUUGUAAACCCAUAAUGCAGAACUGUAUGAAACUGCUGUGAUUUAGUAGUAGUAUCAUACUGCAUGUACACCGCAUGCCUGAAUGGUCUGGUCCAAUUAAAACUACAUUAUAUGUACUGCAUAUAUACACCCUAAACUCAUGCCACUAAAAGCUUUAUGCCACUUGAUUACAUAUUUUUAUGUAUACAGUAUGAUGAAAAAUCUGUAAUUAAAUUAUCUCAUUAAAUGUCUUAAAUCUAUAUGCAAAGGAAGACGUUCAGUGAGGUUUCCUGCAGCUGCCUAUAUGGUGAACCUCUUUAUAAUUCAGCUCUCAAGCAUGUCAUGGCAUCCAGAGGGAACAGUUGUUUAGAAGUGCACCCAUUUGGAGGAUGUGCUGCGGCAGGAAGGAGCUUCAUGCUGGUCCUUGCCUGAUUCCUGGUUCACUGACAGCAAAGUACCACGUUUAGUGGGGACUAAAGCACAUGAGUGAAAGAAGUUUCCCAGGAAUGCUGCAACCCAAUGAGCUUGUUCACUGAGAAAAUGCAGCUGCAAAUCUGUUUUCACCAUUUGGAGUCAAACUCUCAUAAAAAUACUUGCAUGAGUUUGGAACCAUUGCACCUCAAAGUUAGACAUGAGUCAGUCUGAACUCAAACGGUAACUUAAACUUAGUCCACACACCACCUCUUUUGCCCAUUUCUACUAGAAAUCGAGGUUUAUAAUGCAAACAAUGAGCUGUUAACUGUAUCACUGCAUGUACAUUACCAUGAUACCGCUUCCAAAAUGUCAAAGAGAUUUCAAGGCAGCCUCUACAUUUGUGCCCAUUAUUUUUCAUAGAAACUGUUGCACGUAUAAAAAGUGAAUGUGCUUGUGAAUCCUUUUUCUGCCCACUGUUCAUAAAGAAACCUGGGCUUUGUGCAUGCAUAAAAUUUGAGGGUGUCAAUUUGGAGAAGAUUUUAAAAUGUUUUCAAAAAACGUAAAUGUUACAAUAUAUUGGUCUGCUUGUUCUUGGCAUCCUCAAACAUCAAACAAAUGUAAAGAAUGUAGCCUUUCACAUACUAAGCCAAAUCUACCUCUCAUGCUACUACAACUGAAAACAAUUGGCCAAAUUCAAAUCUAGUGAAACUCCAUUGUUGUUAGCCAUUUGAUUACUCAGUGGCUCCAAAGCCUGGUGUAUGUUGCUAUGCCACUAAUGUGGUUUUGUUUUCUAGCUGCUGCACCUUUAAAAUUUUGGUUUUUAUGGGGAGAUAACAAAUAUGGGAGAGUUCUCUCUCUGACAUAUCCUAUAGUAUUUACCACAAGGUAAGCACUUUAUCCCACCUGUGAGUAAAGUAACUCACCUAGUUUACCCCACAGUAAAACUAAACAGCUUUGCUUCCACUAACUAGCUAACACACAUUAGUUAUCCUGUUUUAAACCAUACCCUUUUUUUUUUGUCAGGGAAGACCCACCCUCAGAGUCAGAUGUUUGCAGAGGCAGAACUGAUUCAGCAUGUAAAUCAGAGGUGGCAGAUACUGUUCUCCCACAGAGUUUUUACUUUUGUUCCUUGUUUUGUUGAAAUGGGAGUAGACUGGCUCUUUGCUGAUAAGCCGUGUCUGAACUGCAUUGAAAAGCACUAAAAAUGCUUGUCUCGUUUAGCCGAAGCAGAAGAAGGCUGAGGGGAGAUAUGAU